UUGGCAACGUGGGACUCUGAGAAAGGGCUGAAUGGUAGCCUACAAGAACGACGGCUGGGCAAUGAUUUACAAGGAUUGACACUCAAAGUGGUGACUGUCUUGGAAGAACCUUUUGUGAUGGUGGCGGAGAACAUACUUGGGCAACCAAAACGAUAUAAAGGAUUUUCCAUUGAUGUCCUGGAUGCACUUGCCAAGAAUCUGGGCUUCAAGUAUGAGAUAUAUCAAGCUCCUGAUGGCAAAUAUGGACAGCAGCUCCCAAACAGCUCCUGGAAUGGCAUGAUUGGAGAACUUAUUAACAAGAGAGCAGACCUAGCCAUCUCAGCCAUCACUAUAACACCGGAACGAGAGAGUGUUGUGGACUUCAGCAAGCGGUACAUGGACUAUUCCGUGGGGAUCUUAAUCAAAAAGCCUGAAGAGAAAAUCAACAUCUUUUCUCUCUUUGCUCCUUUUGACUUCGCGGUGUGGGCUUGCAUUGCUGCAGCCAUCCCUAUAGUUGGUGUCUUGAUAUUUGUCCUGAACCGGAUCCAGGCAGUCAGGGCACAGAACGCUUCCCAGCCAAGCCCUUCUGCUUCUUCCACCCUCCACAGUGCCAUCUGGGUCGUGUACGGCGCCUUUGUUCAGCAAGGGGGCGAAUCUACUGUCAAUUCUGUGGCUAUGCGCAUUGUAAUGGGAAGCUGGUGGCUCUUCACCCUUAUGGUGUGCUCUUCCUACACAGCAAACUUAGCAGCAUUUCUCACAGUAUCAAGGAUGGAUAAUCCCAUAAGAACGUUUCAGGAUCUGUCCAAACAAAUGGAUAUAUCUUAUGGUACAGUCAGGGAUUCAGCAGUGUAUGAAUACUUCAAAGCAAAAGGGACCAACCCUUUGGAACAGGAUAACACAUUUGCUGAACUGUGGAGGACUAUCAGUAAGAAUAAUGGGGCAGAUAACUGUGUAUCGAACCCUUCUGAAGGCAUCAGGAAGGCAAAGAAAGGAAACUAUGCAUUCCUGUGGGAUGUGACGGUGGUGGAAUAUGCCGCGCUGACGGAUGAUGAAUGCUCUGUGACAGUCAUUGGAAACAGCAUCAGCAGCAAAGGAUACGGGAUAGCACUCCAGCAUGGAAGCCCCUACAGAGAUCUUUUCUCCCAGAGGAUCCUAGAGUUGCAAGCAAGUGGAGAUUUGGAUGUUCUUAAACAGAAAUGGUGGCCACGGAUGGGACGUUGUGACCUGAAUAGCCAUACCAACGCACAGACAGAUGGGAAGGCACUCAAGCUUCACAGUUUUGCGGGCGUUUUCUGCAUUUUAGCAAUAGGCCUUCUUCUUGCAUGCUUGGUGGCAGCAUUGGAGUUGUGGUGGAACAGCAACCGUUGUCAUCAAGAAACACCGAAAGAGGACAAAGAAGUGAACCUGGAACAGGUCCAUAGACGCAUGAACAGUUUAAUUGAUGAAGACAUAGCCCACAAGCAAAUCUCUCCAGCAUCCAUUGAAAUCUCAGCCUUGGAGAUUGGUGGCAUGCAGCCAGCUCAGACCCUGGAGCCAGUACGUGAAUACCAGAACACGCAACUUUCUGUCACCACCUUUUUACCAGAACAGACAACUCAUGGUGCUAGCAGGACACUCACAGCUGCCUCUGGCAGCAACCUGCCGCUGCCCCUGAGCAGCUCAGCCACCAUGCCCUCCAUACAGUGUAAACACAGAUCACCAAAUGGAGGACUAUUUCGUCAGAGCCCCGUGAAAACCCCGAUCCCAAUGUCAUUUCAGUCUGUGCCGGGGGGAGUCAUUCCAGAAGCAAUGGAGCCCUCGCAUGGAACAUCCAUAUGA